AUGGACAGGCGUGUCGCCUCAACCCCUUCCAACGUUUUGCAAGUUCUCUUCCUCUAUGCCGUCCAUUGCAUUGUUCCCGCCACUAUUCUAAUCGCAACACCCAAGCGAUCUGCUCUUCGAUAUCUCUGGAUUCCAUGCUCUAUCUUCAUUGUAUAUCAAGCUAUCCCCGUGGCCACGGCAUUAGGUCCAGGAUUCGUAUGGUGUGAAUGCGCGCGCCUCUUCAUCACCAUCGUCUUCCAAUGUCUAAACUUGCUACUUAUCAACCCCAAGGAUAUCAAUGAUGUACCGCAUGGGUCUGGCAAGAGCCUAAUUGCUCGAUUGUACGCUGCGACACGGUUCUUCACGGAUCCUCGCGGUAUCAACACCCCCUGGCAGAUCAAAAAUGCCCCAUCACAGCCGGCAUAUUAUGCCCGGCGUAACAUGCGCACGCCUCCUCGGGGACGGUUUUUGGUUCGCCAGAUGGCAAUUGCUGCUUGGCAAUAUAUGGCGCUGGAUGUGUUUGCUACUCUUGCGUUACAGCAGGCAUUGGAGCAAGAGCAAAGGGGGAUGUUGCCACCAGUGCCUCGGUGGGAUAUAUCCACAGAGCAAUGGAUUGAGCGCAUCAUCUCGAAUAUCAUGGCUGGGUUUGUCGUGAGUCGGAUGCUCAUUGACCUCCACCAUCGUGUUUUCUCGAUAAUUCUCGUCGGACUUGGUCUCGAUUCUCCUGCGAACUGCCCUCCGUUGUUUGGCAGGGCACUGGAUGCCGAUACAGUACGAGGAUUCUGGGGGUGA